AUGACUGAGGAUGAAAUUAUUCGCACAUUCAUCAAAGCCCAUGAUCCGCCGUACUUCGAAGAAAUUUUCCGUAUGACCGGAUGUUCGUUUGCUGCAAUUGUAAAUAAACUUGAGGAGUUUGAUGACUUUGUGAGGGCUGGGAAGAUUGUCAAUGUUUCCGCCCUUAAAUCUCAGUUGGAUGCUUUACAAGGUCAAGGAAGCAAUGUGAAAAAGCCACCGUUCAAAAAGAAGGAGGGGGAUGCAACCUUUUUAAAGGCCGCCGGGAAAAUUGGUACGGUACCCCCUCCUACCUAUCCAUAUGGCAUGCCCGCCUGGUAUAACCCGCAAGCUGUCUGUACUUAUCAUUCGGGGGCACCUGGACACUCGACUUUGGAUUGUAAAGCUCUUAAGCAUAAAAUUCAAGAUAUGGUUGAAGCUGGGAAAAUUGUAAUUAGGAGAAGAGAGGCACAAGGACCGAACGUAAAUAGAAACCCCUUGCCGGAGCACGCUAAUAUCGUUGGGGUUAUUCUGGAUGACACGGAGUAUAUGGAACAGGUCAAAGUUUUGGCAAGGGAAGCUGAGGUAUUUGGGGUCAUAGACCAGCCAUUCAUCAUAGAGUUGCCAUUCGAAAAGGAUGGAAGCCCUUUUAUCUUGGAUUUCACGCCAGCUGAGAAUGAGGCUUUGGAGCCCGUAGUCAUUGAAUUCCCGAAGCAAGAGCCUGUUUUAAGCCUGCAACAGGUACCAUGGAAUUAUGAUGAGUCUGAUGUACAGAUUGGGGAAAAGUCAAUCGCAAAGAAGGAAGUGUCAGUGGUUACCAGAUCGGGGAAGAUUGCAAGUCCAUUUGAAAAUGCCGGUCCGAUUCGAGCAAAUAACUCCGAACCGCCUGUUAAACCAACAAUCACUGAGAAGGAAGCCUUGGAUUUUCUUAAAAGGCUCCAGAGAAGUGAAUACAAUGUGAUUGAGAAGCUAAGCAAGUCACCUGCCCAGAUAUCCAUGUUGGAUUUACUUUUUUCUUCAGAUGUGCAUAGGGAUGCGUUGAUCGAGGUAUUGACUAAAGCUCAAAUCCCUAGGGACAUUUCUGUUGAUAAUUUUUCGCACGUGGUUGGGAGUGUGUUAUUCACCAAGCAAAUUACUUUUUCUGACGAUGAAUUGCCGGCGGAAGGCAUUGGACAUAACAAGGCCCUGUAUAUAGUUGUUAGGUGCAAUGGGAAAAGGCUGCCGAAGGUUGACUAUAGAGACCUUAAUAAAGCCAGUCCUAAAGAUGAUUUCCCUCUACCAAAUAUUCACAUUCUCUUAGACAAUACUGCCGGACAUGAGAUUGAAUCCUUUUGUGAUUGUUUUGCUGGCUACCACCAAAUUUUGAUGGCAGAAGAGGAUAGGGAGAAAACUGCUUUCAUUACCCCUUGGGGUACCUUUUGCUACCGAGUCAUGCCUUUCGGUUUAAAGAAUGCUGGAGCAACAUAUCAGAGGACCAUGACAACCCUGUUUCAUGAUAUGAUCCAUCGGGAGAUGGAGGUCUACGUGGAUGAUAUUAUAAUCAAGUCUAAAAGGGCAGAGGACCACUUGGUUGAUCUGAAGAAAUUAUUCGAGAGGUUACGGAAGUACAAUUUGAAGCUAAAUCCUGCAAAAUGCGCCUUUGGAGCACCUGCGGGUAAGCUGUUGGGAUUCAUUGUUAGCAAGAAGGGCAUAGAAAUAGAUCCGGCGAAAAUCAAAGCAAUUCGAGAUAUGCCAGUGCCGAAAACUCAGAAGGACGUGAAAAGCUUCUUAGGGAAGAUCAAUUUUAUUGGGAGGUUCAUCGGCCAACUAACUGCCACAUGCGAGCCGUUGUUCAAAUUAUUGAGAAAGAAUGUGCCGUUGUAUUGGAAUGAGGAGUGUCAACAGGCUUUCGACAAGAUUAAAGAUUAUUUGUUGCAUCCACCAGUCUUAGUGCCGCCCAAACCGGGCCGACCUUUGAUUAUGUAUUUAUCUGUACUCGAUGGAGCAGUAGGGUGUGUUCUAGGUCAGCACGAUGAAUCCGGAAGGAAAGAACAAGCCAUUUACUAUCUAAGCAAAAAGUUCACGCAGUACGAGGCUAAUUAUUCAUUCAUUGAGAAAAGCUGCUGUGCAUUGGCCUGGGCAGCCCAGAAGUUGAGACACUAUCUGUUGAGUCAUACCACGUAUCUUAUUUCCCGGUCUGAUCCUUUGAAAUAUCUUUUGGAGAAGCCGAUGCUGACCGGACGCCUGGCCAAAUGGCAGAUAAUUCUAUCAGAGUUCGACAUUGUUUUCACUUCACAAAAGGCGGUCAAGGGGCAAGUUAUAGCUGAUCAUUUGGCGGAAAAUCCAAGGGAUGAUGAUUAUCAACCACUCCGUACUUAUUUCCCUGACGAGAGGGUCCUAUUUGUAAGCGCUGCAGAUGAUAUAAGUGAACAAAGUCCUGAAUGGAGGCUUUUCUUCGAUGGAGCUUCGAAUUCCCUCGGAGUUGGAAUUGGAGCUGUUUUGGUGUCACCCGAAGGGAAGCACUACCCUGCCGCUGCCAAAUUGCAAUUCGCUUGCACGAAUAACAUGGCUGAAUAUGAAGCCUGCAUUUUUGGUCUCAAAAUGGCUUUGGAAAUGGAAAUCAAGGAGUUGAUAGCUUUUAGUGAUUCAGAUUUGCUCGUGAACCAAACUUUGAAGCAAUGGAUAACCAAAGAUUCAAAAAUUCUACCCUACCAUUGUAGUCUGCUCACUCUGGCCAAGCAAUUUCAAAAUUUGGAAUUCAGACAUCUCCCUCGAGCCCGAAACGCAUUUGCUGAUGCUUUGGCCACUUUAGCUUCCAUGAUCCAGUAUCCAGAUGAAUUAAAGAUCGAACCAAUCCAAGUUCAACUUCAAGACAAGCCUGCCCACUGCUGGGUUGCAAAUGAGUCUUUUGACAAUGUUCCUUGGUAUAGUGAUCUUAAGGAGUUUCUUAAAACUGGGUCUUACCCUCUGCAUGCUGGUACAAAAGACAAGAAUUUUCUGCGUAGAAUGGCUUCCAAAUUCUUCUUAAAUGGAGAAGUGUUAUACAAAAGAACCUCGGAUUUGAACCUUUUAAGGUGCAUUGAUGAGGAUGAGGCUCAAUAUAUGAUGAAAGAAGUGCAUAGUGGCGUUUGUGGACCUCACAUGAAUGGCCAUUUGCUAGCAAAGAAAAUCAUGAGAACCGGAUACUUCUGGCUUACUAUGGAGCAUGAUUGUAUAGACUUUGUCCGGAGAUGUAUAAAAUGCCAAAUGCACGGUGACAUUAUACGCGCUCCACCCACUGAGUUGCAUAGCAUGACCGCCCCGUGGCCUUGUUCAAUGUGGGGUAUGGACGUGAUUGGUACAAUCGAUCCUCCCGCUUCAAAUGGACAUCGAUUUAUAUUGGUGGCGAUCGAGUACUUUACCAAGUGGGUUGAAGCAGAGUCAUUCAAACAUGUCACGAAGAAGGUAGUGGCCAAUUUCCUGAGAGAUCACAUCAUCUGUCGCUUUGGAGUACCCGAAACGCUUAUCACGGACAAUGCCAAGAAUCUGAACAAUGACAUGGUAGAUGGACUAUGUGAGCAGUUCAAAAUCAAACACCGCAAUUCUGCCAUUUAUAGGCCUCAGAUGAACGGAGCUGUGGAAGCCGCAAAUAAGAAUUUGAAGAAGAUUAUCCGCAAAAUGACAGAAAAGCAUCGCGAUUGGCAUGAAAAGUUGCCUUAUGCACUCAUGGCGUACCGGACUUCUAUUCGGACAUCAACUGGGGCAACACCUUAUUCACUAAUGUAUGGAAUGGAAGCUGUAUUACCAGCCGAAGUUGAAAUUCCUUCGUUGCGAAUCCUUAUGGAGGCUAAAUUGGAGGAGGCUGACUGGAUAAAGCAGCGCCAUGAGCAAUUGACGUUGAUCGAUGAAAGGCGAUUCAACGCUAUCUGUCAUGGUCAGUGUUAUCAAAAGCGUGUGGCCCGGGCUUACAACAAAAAGGUCCAUCGGCGGGCAUUUGAAGAAGGUGACAAAGUGCUAAAGCGAAUUUUGUCGAUGCAAGAUGAAGCUAAAGGCAAAUUUGCUCCAAACUGGCAAGGGCCGUUCAUCGUCCAAAAGGUAUUACCUGGCGGAGCCCUUAUUUUAGCAGAAAUGGAUGGACGAGCAUUCCCUCAACCCAUCAACUCAGAUAUGUGCAAAAAGUUUUUCAUUUGA